AUGAAUACAAAGUUCACACAACAGGAAAGGGUCAGUUUGAUGGAACACAUAAAGCUCUCAGCACUGGAGUACAGUAUAAAAAAUGAUGGACAAAACUAUUUUGCUGAUUUAAUUCAGGUUCACAAUGCUCUUGGUCUCACUGCCAUGUUUGGAGAUGCUACAGCUAUGGCCUACCUCACGCCGAAGAAAGACUAUGAAGUCAUGAUCAUCAGUCCACUCGCCGGUCAGGAUUUUAUCAGGUUACUUUUCUAUACAAUAAGGGCAUUUAUUGAUGAUCUUCAUUUAUAUGCAUGGAGUCUUGCUGUUUUUUUACCCAAACUUGAACCAUAUGGUACACCAAAGCCAGAGGAGAUACCGGCUGUUGCAAGAAUCAUCAGUAGAGGGCCUCCUAACAAUCCAAGGAAUGAUAUCAGUUCUAUGGAGCUUUUUGCUGCAUCCAAUGUGAACGUAGACCCCUUUACCAUCAUUGAGCACAUCAAGAGAUCUGUAAGCUUGAAAGGACGGAUCCAGGCGGGAGACCUCCGGAAGAUAGCCGAGCGGAAAGAAAAGCUCCAGCAUGAGAUGGACGAACUGGAGAAACAGGAGGAGGAGCUGGAGCUGAAGGAGAAUAUGGAGAAGGAGGCUGUGAAUGGGGAGGUUGAGGGUGAUGGAAGGGAGGCGAAGGUGAUAGGAGUGUUGGAUGAUCAAGGGAAGGAGAGAGGGAUGGUGAGAGAAGAAGAUGAAGAUAAAGAGAGAAGAGAGGAGAGACUGAAUACGGUGAUGGAAAAACUCAUGAAAGAGCGACGGAGAGGUGAAAAUAACGAUAAAGAGCAGAGAUUAAUAGGUGACGAUCCAAAGACUAAAGAUUCUAAAGAGAGGUAUUUAGAAGGGCACGACAUGAGGAGACGGGUCAUCUGGCCUGGUGAUGGGAACGGUAUUGAGGAAGAAAUUGAUGAUAAAACGUGAAGCAGAGAUAGUGGGAAUCUCCGUGCCACGGAUGAAGAUGCAAUUCAGUACUGCCUUGUGUUGAUGUGAUAAUCAUAAAUUGUGCAAUUAAAAUAAUUAGAAGGAUUGAGAGUGGUUGAAAGUAUUUCCCGGUUGAUGAGGUUCAUUUUUGUGUACAACCUAGUUUCGUUAUGCAACUGGGGCCAGGAAUGAUCAGUUGAUAAUUUCAUCAAUGAUUUCUAACAAAUUUUCUUCAAGAACGGUUUUUGAUGAACGGGAAGUAUGUUUGCAUAAUCUAGAUAUUACUGCUUCUUCUUGAUGGUAUUGAGAGCUAUAAAGAGUUUUUAAUGGGACUCUAUAUGAGAUGAUAAAGUGAGAAAAUGGAGUGUAUGAAAACACAACUGGAAACCAAUGGCGAUAGACAAGCAAACUAUAAGUACUGAUAUUUAGGCCCACUUGAGCUUCACAACCUCUUAAUACUAAAAGGCUAUUGUCAAAAGUGAGAGCUGCCCCUAUGUCACUUGGAAACCAAAAUCGGCUUUUCAUUUACCAUUUUCUGCUGUUUCAUCAUAGGCAUUACACAGGGAAUGUGUGGAGAGCUGCUAUUGAAAAACACAUUUAUAGCUGGAUUCUUGCUAAAAGACACAGCAAAGACAAGUUGCCAAAAUUAUCAUAUUUGUCUUUUAUGUAGCGAGAUAUCUAUCAAUGACCGCUCAAAGCGCUUUACAAUUAUUAUUACCUGGUUACGGUAUUUAUAGGUUUCUUUAGCAGCCUGUCUGGCGUACACUUGCUGAACCAACCGAAAUGGCGGUUGUUUCCUACCGGUACCCUAUUAGCACCUGAGUGAGAGUGGCAAAGUGUGGAUUGAUGCCUUGCCAAAGGAUGCUAGGCCAUGGUGGGAUUUGAACACGCCACCCUCUGAUUACAAGGCAAGAGUCAGAACCGCUACACCAUAGUGCUUCCACAUGAGGAAAUGAAAUGAGGAAAUGUUUUCCAUUAACCAAAACCAAAGAUCAAGUUUGUUUCUUCCUGUUGGCAGGAAAUUCAGACAAUUGACUGUGAUUCUAAUGACUUUCGUUGGAAAUCAUUAUGAAGAUGAUUAUGAGGUGACCGAAUAGGAUGUAGUGAAGUACGUACCUUUCUGAAGUACCUCCUGAAAUCUAUGGUGAUAGACAAACAAACACAACUCAGUACCUGACUCUUUCACCUAGCUUCCGGUACACUCAAUCUCUUAUUGAUGAAUAAGGAAAUAUCUUCCAUGAUAAACACAUCCAAACUAGGAUAUUAUCUCUUAUUCACUUACAGGGUAUCCAAAAUUUUUGUUGUUUUUAAAUUGUAUUUUAUAUCAAUCUGAGGUAAUUUUAAAGGUGGUGAUGAGGUACAAGUAGGAAAUAGUGAAAGAGAAUUGGGUAUUUAUGGAGACAGUUUUAUUCAAUCUGUUCAAGUUGGUUGAAUUCUCUCUUAAGUUAGUAUUUUGGUAACUUAUUUACGUGUAUUUUUUGCAACUACAAAGUGUUUCAAGCCCAUGAAGUACAUGGGAAGUUCACCUGAUGGGAAAGUUAUGAUUUUUUAACUGUGUUUUAUAUUCUCAACUCGAGAUGAGUUACAGCUUGGUUAGAUAUUUUGAAAAAAAAAAUCUCUGAUAAUUUCAGAUAUCAUUUCAAGUGACAUUGGUAUUUUAGUUGAUGUAUUCUAGAUCAAUAAAUGACUAUUUUUUAAAGUAAAAUUUAUGGAGAAACUUUGAUGUGCAAUAUACAAUUGAUAAUAUCUUGCAAGGGUAUUUGCAUGAAUUUUGACUGUACAGAAGAAAUCAUAAAUGUAUAUCAUUUUCCUAGAUAAACAGAUUAACAGUAAAUAAUAUAUUGGACACAAUUUUUUUUUUUAUGUAAUGUAAAUUGAUCUGUCAUUUUUUGUUGGUGUAAAAUAUGACAAAUCGUAUUCCUUUUGUAAAUGAAGAGUACAAGAUAUGCAAGUUUAUAAAUACUGUGGCAUGUUUGGCAAUAAAUCUCUAAUUAGGUGGUCUGUCAUGAAAAUGACAGAUCACCUUUUAUUCAA